AUGCAGCAGACCAUCGACGAUCGGAUGGCCGACGGCGAGUCCAUGGUCGUCGACCAAUUGCAGGAGGUGACCGAGCUCAUCCGUGUUGAGAAGGCCAAGAAGUUCCUGGCGCAGAACUGCUCCACCUGCGACGACGCGCCGGCACCGGCGCCACCCUCCGUCUCUGACAAGGAGGACACGGAACAGGAGCGUGGACACAGCACCGCGGCGGACGCCGAUGAGGAGGGGUCGGAGCCGCUCGGCGCCGUGGCGUUGCCGUUGACAGAGACGCUGCCCGCGGGACCGGAGUGGAGGAAGCCCAAGUACGUGGCGCGGGUGCGGACGGGGUACGAGUGGAACAAGUACAACCGCGUGCACUACGACCACGACCACCCGCCGCCCAAGGUCGUGAAGGGCUGCACGUUCGUGCUCCACUACCCGGACCUCGCAGGCGCGAAGCCUCCGCAGUACGCCGUCGAGGAGGACGGCAGCGGGAGCGACGAGACCUGCAUCGUCAGGUUCCACGCAGGGUGGCCCUACGAGGACGUCGCGUUCAGGAUCGUGAACAGGGAGUGGGAGCGCUCGCGGAAGGCGGGGUUUAGGAGCACCUUUGACAGGGGCGUCCUGCGUCUCAGCUUCCACUUGAAGCGCGUCUUCUACCGGAGAUGA